AUGUUCGGCGUGCUCUGGGUCGCAUCAUCAUGGCGUUUCGCAGGUGACCUCUGGGGCUUAGCAAACUCCACGUCCAGGCAUCCAGUCAUCGAAGAUCAGUGGCAUACGUUCAAGGCUCAAGAGAGUUGGCAACUUUCACGGCCUCAGGUUCGGUGCUCUGCAUCCACAAUCUCGACCAGCGUUGAAAGACACAGUGGGCGUUGGGACGUUGCGACUCCCUUCAGUUCCAGUUUUGGUCGUUACAGUCAAGUAUCAGCAAAUCCUUCAGGUCAUCUCGUCAGCAAAUCUCAUUCUCAGCACUUCCGAGAGCAUCUAUCGACCUCAAAUUCACGUGACAACUCAGUCACCAGCGGGCGGUCUUCUCACGGACAUCAACAUGGCGGUUUCUCAUCAUCACUUCAACUGCUCUCCUCCUACCGAUCGCACUCGCAAUGCCGCUGCUGUCACUCAGAGCAAAGCUUCAAUCAUCAUCAUCAUCACUCGUCUGAAGUUGACAUUCCUCCUACCGAGCCUACUUCAUUCGACGAGAUAUCAGUCAACAACAUCAAGUCUCCGACUGAGGUCACAGCAAGUUCUUUGUUGCUCUCAUCUGAAAGCGGCGUUUCGACUCUCAAGUCAUUUCAGACAUCAGCUCACGGCUUCAUCACUCAGCUGCUCUUGUCUUGCCAUCAGUGUUGUCUCACAGUCAAGUCUCCGAUUCACACUACUACAACAAACCUUCUGGUCCUACAUCUGACAGUACCGCUUCUGCUCCAGGGCUACUCAAUCACACGGCUUCUUCGCUCUUUGGUCCACUCUCAAUCUGUGCCAUUGACGCAACGAUCAGCUACAAUGUUGCCAAAGUCACUUCAGCCUGGGCUUCAUCAACCAGCUAGCUCUGAGAUUGCAAUUGAGCUGCUUCAUUAUGCGGUUAUCUCUAGUCCAGCACUCAUUUCUGCCAUCAAAGCAUUGCUUCGCCGUAUUGCUGCCAAAACUACUUCAGCUCACGGCUUCCUCAAUCAAAUAGUCUGGCAACUGAGCUGUUUCACAAUACGGUUCUCUCUGGUCAGCAUCAUGGAACCAAGACCGAUCCAGCUCACGGCUUCAUCAAUCAACCAGCCUUGCUAUUGA